GCCCUAUCACUCAUAGAAACAUCAUCUGACUAAAAAACAAAACAAAACAAAACAAAAAAACAUUAAGGAAAGUGUGACGGACUAGCUUAGUCGACCGUAAUCUCAGCCCUGCGUGAAAUAAAGCCCGCCGCCAUGGAACAGGCCAAGAGCCACGAGCCCGAGAAGAACAACACGAUGGACUUCGAGGAGAUCAACGAGGCCCUCGGCCCCUUCGGGAAGUACCAGAAGUUCGUGUUUUUCCUCUCAUGUUGGGGUUCCUUCAUGCCGGCCAUGGUCGUGGUGUGCAUGACCUUUGUUGGCAAUAAUGUGGACCACAGGUGCUUCGUGCCCGGCUGCGACGACCCCAACGAGCCCGACUUCUCCGCCGAGUUCGUCAAUGACACCAUCCCCCACGGCGACGAGUGCUUCAUGUACCAGCGCUAUGAGCCGGUCACGAACUCCUCCACGUGUAACUUGGAUGACUUCAACGUGAACGUCAAGACCAACUGCAGCGAAAAGGUGUUCGACACGUCCCUCUUCACCUCCACGACCGUCACUGAGUUCGACCUGACUUGCGAAAAUGCCUGGCUUGGCCCUCUUGCCGGCUCCAUGUACAUGGUGGGCAUGCUGCUGGGUGCCAUCACCAUCGGAGACUUGGCUGACCGCUUCGGCCGCAAGAUGGGGAUCCUGGUGUCCGUGAUGCUCCUGGGUGGCGGCGGCGUCCUGAGCGCCGUCAGCCCCAACUACUACAUGUUCCUCGCCAUGAGACUUCUUACUGGUGCUGGCGGUGUCGGCCUCUUCCAAGUUACCUUCGUUUUAGCUGUUGAAUUCAUCGGUGCCAAAUAUCGGACAUUUUGCGGAAUCAUGAUUGAAGUUCCUUUCGCUCUCGGCGAGGCCAUGACGGGAGUCUUGGCCAUCUUCAUCCGCGAAUGGCGCUGGCUUCAGGUGGCCGUGACAGCCCCGGCUUUCCUUCUGCUCUCCUACAUGUGGAUCAUGCCCGAGAGCGUCCGCUGGCUGGUGUCUCAGGGCAAGAGGGACGUAGCCGUCAAGAUCAUCAAGAAGGCAGCGGAUGUCAACGGCGUGGAAGUCCCUAAGCACCUCCUCGAAGACAGCAAUACUGAGGUUGGUCGUCCCUCGCACGUCCUCGUAUCGAGUUCUCCCGACACGGAGGUCUCUCGUCCUUCUGGAAUUAAAAGAAUGGGCAGGAAGGGCACGCUCUCCUUUGUCCUUUUGCUCGGCGGCGUCGCUUGCUUCGUAUCCGGAUUUAUCCCAGAAGAGUUUGGAGCAGUAAUUGUGACCCUGAGCCUGGUGGGUAAGUUCGGCAUAGCAGCAGCCUUUGCCAUUGUGUAUGUCUACUCUGCUGAGAUUUUCCCAACGGAAUACAGAAGUGUCGGCAUUGGUGCUUGCUCUAUGUGUGCUCGCAUUGGAGGAAUCGUUGCACCUUUUGUUGCUUCACUGGCACACACAUACAAGCCACUUCCUCUCCUUGUCUUUGGAAGCCUAUCAAUAGUGGCUGGCUUAUUGGUGGUUUUGCUGCCGGAGACUGUUGGCUGUGAGCUGCCGCAGACUAUCCCAGAGAGCGAGAGUUUUGGCAGUGACCAGUCGAUAUGGUAUUUUUCAUGCUGUGGGAAGAAGCGUAGGGAGCCUGUCACAGAGGAAAAUACAGCAACUGAGGACCAGAGGGUUUAAUUGCUUUUGUCAAUCACAGGAAUUUGAAUAUAACUUGGACUGAUAAGUAUUCUACUUUUAAGAAAUGGAUAUGUAUAAGAUCUUAUGGAAAGUCUCUGCUUAUAGAGACUAUUUUUUUUUUCUAGGCAUUUUCACUUUACUCUGGCUACCAUCAGUCUGCAUUGUUUUUAAUUCCAUGAAUUUGACAAGAGAAGGAGUGAAUAAUUAGAAAUGUGUCUUUUUCAUAGUAUUAUCAUAUGGACCAAUAUUUGUAAAUCCUAUCUAUGAACGUAUUGACUUCCAUAUUUGGAUUGUUCUGGUAAUUCUAGAUAAUGUAAUUUAUCAAAGGAUAUUUUUCCUUGAUUAUAGGAAGAGAGGUGUUUUUUAUCCUUAUUAGGAUGUUAGAAAUAAUUUUAUGAUAGACUGAAGUACUUUUUUAGUACUGGCAGGAAAUGUGUAAAAUAAGUUUUAUAUAUAUAUUUUUUAUCAAUGUCACAUAGGAAAUUAACUUGGGAAGCCAAUUGAAAGUGAGAGUAUGACCAGUGUGAGUACCAGAGACUUUUAAUUAAUGAAGUUAUAUUAGGUUUGAUAGAUGAUUAUAUGAUUUUAAUAAAUGAAAAAAAAAAAACGGUAACACACAGAACUGUACAACCUGAGAUUAAUAGUAAGAAAGGUGUAAUACUAUUUUAUAUAUCUGAUUACAUUUAAUCAAGAUAUGCACAAAAUUUAACAGAAGAGUAAUGUAAAUGGAUAUUGAGUUUUACUGAAAUAAACUACCUCACUCAGUCUGAGAGGACUGGGAUUUUUUUUUUAAAGUAAAUCAUCAGAAAAAACAAUAACAUUAGUAUUUAUGAAUUUUAUAUAUAUCUAUGGUAAUAGGGGUAUUCAAGGAAUAGAAAACAUUACAGAAAAUAUUCAUGUAUGUUGAUACUGAUGAACUUAUAUGUACAUCAUAUGAUUUUCAUUGCAAAUCGAGUAUAAUUUCAUUUUCCCUUUUUAAGGAAUCAUUGUCAAUUGUUUGGAAACUUUAAGUGUUGAAGUCAACCAAUCCUGUCAGUGUCAGUGAAAGUAGGAACUAGAAUCUGUCCAUUUUUUCUAAUAUGUAAGGACAAGCUCUGUAAUUUGAAAUAUAAUGAAUUGCCUUCACAUUGUUAAUGGUAUUUUACUGAAGCUGAAGAUGUUGAUAUUUGAAAUUGAUAGUCACACCCAGAUGCACAAGAUCUUGAAAAAAGUGGAGUAAUGAUAAGUUAAAUUGAUUUUGGUUAACUCAAAGUUUAAUGUCAUUUCACUUGCAUUUAACAUGAUAACUUCCCUACAGUAGUAUCCACAAACAAUCCUUUCUUACUCUGUAAUUCAAUAUGUGAGUGUUACAAAUUGUUUUUUUUUUUCUUUAUACUGUUACAGAUACUGUCAUAGCUCGAAAGUUGACAUACUAAUCUCUAUAUGAUAAUCUUGUAAUACUCAUUUGAUUUUUCUUCAUAGUAUCUAUGUAUGACAAUGUUGUUGUUAUUGUUUUAGCUAGUAAAAAUUAGAUAGACAUAUAGACAUGGUUAAACCAGGGUAUAUAUAUAUACAUAUACAUAUACAUAUAUACAUAUAUAAUACCUGGAUGCUGUAAAGCCUAGAGUAGCACUCAUGUAAACAAUGUGACUCUGCUUAUUAUUUUCUUACUGUAUUCUUCUUUAAUCGGAUUGCUCAAGUUUAUUCAGCAAAGUUGAUUUUUAUUUCAUUUUUUUCAUUGAUCAUGAUAGUGAGGCUUAUAGUUACCAAUAUAGGACUAUGUAGUAGACUGUUACUUCACUUUAAGAUAAUCAAAAACAAUUUGUACUAUAGGAUACUAUUAUAUUGCAUGGUAGUUGUCUUGCCACUGCAUCAUCUGUAAUUUUGGGUAUGAUAUAAUAAUUUUGUAAUUGUUAUAGGGACAACAAUAUAUGAGAUCAUGUGAUGAGAAGUCAGAUAUUCUUUGACUUUACAGCUUAAAAGACAAUAUUCUUUAGGUAGCAUUUACAUAAUCGGAAUUGGAAAGAAUUCCAGUGAUUCUGUGCUGACAAUUCAGUAUCUUAGUGUGAUAUUUACAUUUUAUGAAAUAAUGUUAAUACUUUGUUGGCCAAGGUUUUGGGCACCUGUUGUAUAUUCUGGUGUAUGUUAGCAGCAUUUUAUAUUUCGUGAAAUUAUUAAGUGGAACUUCAGCUUCUUUAAUUUCUUUACAAUCAAUCAUGUAUGUACACAUUCUUGUGCUUAGUACAUUUGACCAAUAAUGCUUGUAGUUUUCCAUGGUCUUUAGGAACAGUAGAACAAUCUUCUAUUGAAUUAAUAUACAGGCACAGUACAGUACAGUUUGUGUGCAGAUACAAUAUGUACCAUGUUUUAAAGUAAUGUUAUUUGAUGACCCACUGUGAUAGCACUAGAGGGUGGAACUGCCAAGUAAUUUUCAUACUGAUUCAUACCAUAAUGUAUUCAAGAAAAUUGGUGAUAAAUAACAUGCUAAAUUACCUUUUUACUAGUUGUUUGUAAUGCUAAUAUGAUAUUUUGAAGAUAAAGCAAGAAAUGCAAGUGCGAUCAGUGAGAAUUAUUUAAGAAAAUAGUUUCAACUCCAGUUUAACUUGUAGGCUAUUUUUAGAUAGUGUAUAUGAGACAGAUCCUGCUUUUACUAGUUAGCCUCUAAUGCAGUGAUGCUGUUUGUAAAAUUAUCAGAUGAUAUCACUUUACCCAAUAGUUAGUUUUAAAUUAGAUUAUGUCAAUGAAACUGGGAAAAUAUUACAUUCAAAACUUCAGAAGAAAGUGAUUAAUCAUCAGAUGUUUUUAAUCUGCUUUAAUAGUGUUUAAAAUCACAUUUAGUGGUUUUAAGAUUAUAAUAUUUUCAGCUUUGAUUUGGACACAAAGAAUCAUGAAAAGUGAAUACGGUAUCUGCUACUUUUCGCAAUUUUCAUUUGCAAUUGUUAUCACUCAAAAUGUCAGGUUGUCAUGUAUGUUUUAUGGUUACAUACUGAUAGGUCAUUAUUUGAUCAAAUUGAAAGUACUUCUCUUUUUGUAUGAGUUAAAAGCUAGUGAUAUCUAUAUGUACCUUCAGUAGUCUGACUUUGUGAAGUUACAGUGAUGUUACUAUUGUUACACUAUACUAGUUAAGAAUUCUUUGAGAAGGGAACAAGGGAUUGUACCUGAGAUGGUUUUAGUGGACAUUUUGUCAAAUAUUACAAUUUUGGUACUAUACCACUGGAGUGAAAUAGUCAUUUCAAUAUUUUUGUUAUUUUUAGAAGUCAAUAAAUUAUUAUUGUAAAAUAGUUUUAAAGUGGAUGUGAUAAAUAUGUGUUUUAACACAUUCAAUUUAACUUUCAUAAAGUAAAACACAAUAUAGUACAGUAUUACAAUAAUGAUGUAUGUUAAGAAAUUCUUUUAUAGAGAAUCCAAAUGUAUAGGAUGCAGUAACAUGUUACUAAAAUGAUGUACAGAGAAUUCUAAGGAAAUUUAGAAAAUUCAUUCCAACCUAUUUGCCAGGUGUAAUACAAUCUAGAAAAAAAAUUCUCUCUUGAUAGAAUUUUACAGCCUCUUUUAAAUAUUUUCUACUUGUUUUUUUUACAUUCUGUCAUCUGUCUUUGUUUUAGAAAGUAAUUAAACUGAUUAUUUUCUAAAAUAAACUUUAUUUAGAUACAAUAGACUGACAUGUUAUUUUUAGAAUUAAUGCUUGCAACUAUUACCUGCAAUAUUAUAUUAAACAUAUAACUGAGA